AGCGUUCUAGCGUAGAAACUGAGUUCCAUGUCUAGACGGCGGAGGAGGGUUGUCAGUGCUACUGGUCAGACACAGAGGAGGAGGAGGUUUCGGUGAACCUCAUUCGAUACCGGAGCGAGUGUUUUCGUGCUCGAGCGGAAAGGUCUCGUGAAUCACAACAUCGCGCCGCUUCUCCGUACCGAGCGUGACUUUAUCCAGCUGAUCCUCGCGAUAACACUGCGUGGCCAGGGGCGAGUCCUCGGAGCCAUUCGGCACGAGAAACUCCACGAACUCAGGAAAGGAGGAUGGCGUCGACUGUAUGCCAAGCAUUGGCCCUUUACGAGUACGAAGCCAAGGACGAUAGACUUCUGAAUCUGCGGCAGGAUCAGAGCUUGAUUGUCAUCGAGAAGCUAUCGAGGGACCCGAAUUGGUUGUAUGCCAUCACCGCCGACGGACUCACAGGGUUCGUGCCCUCGAACUACGUCUUCAAAUCUACUGAGCUGGACACUCAGUUGGCAGAUAGGACCUUAUCCGCCUUACAAAAGACUUCAGAAACCCACAAUGAAUUCCAGAAGAAAGCCGUCAGGUGUCUGCGCGAGAAAAUGGCCCUGUCCCGUCUGAACUCGGACUGGCUCUCGGAGAAUUUGUGGGAUCCCCAGCAAGUGGCAAGAGAAAUGGUCGAUCAAGUUCAGGCCGCCACGAAACUCAGUCCGCAGAUGUCGAAAACCGUUGUCCGGAUCGUCUUGGACAAGGUGGCGGAAACAAUGCCGAGCACGUUGCAAUCCAAUUUAUGGCGGGCCUUGAUGUCGAAGAUCGAGACCCUGAGUACCACCUCAGACUUUGAGCGACUCACAGAAGUGUUCAAGGGCUUGUACCUCACUAAAAAUGAUGAGCAGCAACGCUCUUGGCCUCUGCAUCAGGACGAGAACACGAUCAACACGAUGUUGGAGCAACUAUACUCAAUGCUCGUGGAGAUAGACUCAAAAACUUGCGCGAGAGUUCUCGCUUCAGAGAACUACGAAUACAUCACCACGCUGGUGGCGUAUUAUCAAAUGGAAACCAGGCACUCACUACGUGUUUGGAUGCUACGGGUAUUCCUCACGUGUUGUGAACUUGACUACUGUGUUGUGUCGGUCCUUCUCCACUCCAUCCUUCCCAUGGAACUUGCUCGGGAUCUCCAGACACAACCCGACCUUGAGCGAUUCAAAUACUCUCUGUUGCUCCUAACGGUGAUUUUCUGUACCGGAGAAAAGCCACCGAACGAUGUCUACGGCCAAGUCAACGAAACGUUCAUCGACUUCCUCUUGGAACGGAUUGAGAAACCUGUCGACGACGAUCAAGAGCUCGCCGAGCUGUGCGUGGGUGUCCUACUCGCGAUAAGUUUGACAGCGAGUGAUUUCGUGAUGGAAAAGCUCUUGAAGACCGAACAGCCUCUACAGUGCCUCACGCAAAAGUUACUCCUGCUGAUAAAUAGGGAGGACGAUCCUACCAAGAUCCUGAACCACACGGAACUGAGCGCCCGACCGACAAACUCUGUGAUGAACAUGUUGAUCUGUUUAUUUUCUGAGCACAAAACCGCCGACCUCUUCUAUCUGAACGACCUCCACGUACUAAUUGAUAUAAUUGCCCGACAAUUGGCCGACACUCAGCCGACGGAUGAGCGACGGGCAGAUUAUCUGCAGCUCAUCGAGAAUAUCAUAAACCAGGGCUGUUACCAGGGUCAUAGGUUCACUCAACUCGAAAAAUGCUUCACGGAGAUUUUGAAUUGUUCGGAGAGUCUCGACAGCCACGUGAAGCUUGUGCGCCGGAUUCAGGAGAGCGGAAAAUUCAAACCUUCUUGAGCUUUCGUUUCGAGCAAAACUGUAUCGCAGUGCGAUCCAGGGAGUUGAGCAUCGGAAGCAGCAUCUGCGCGUCGCGGUACCGAAAUCCGCGCUGAGGUUCUGAGUUCGCGUUCCAUUACCGACAUUCCUAGUCAAAUCUUGUGUUACUUAAUCAUUUCAAGAGCGAGAUAUUAGACUCGUUUUUCGACUUGGACUUGAUUCUCUCCUACGGAGGCAAUUCGCUCUCCGACUCAAUGUGUUUCUUCUGUGAACUCUUGUUUACGAUACGGAAACGAAGCGAAACAGGAGUUCGGGACUCAGUCAACACCUAAAUGGAGAUCAAUACUCGACAGAAUAGAUACUUCAAUAUAGUUGUGUAUUUCAUCGAGAAUACAGAGAACCAAAGACUCAUUUUUUCUUGAAAUAGCAUACACGUGCCAGACAUCCAGAGCUUCCCGGGGGAAUGGAUUGGAAUCUCCACAAAAAUCCCUUCUGAGAGGAUUUACUAAUAAAAAGGAUCGA